CUGAAUUCAGCGAGGAGCUCGUUCACCAACUUCAUAAACGAUAAAUAUAAAAAGGCAGUUGAAGCUUUUCAAUCUUUCAAACAUUCAGACGAAGACUUGGUCCAAACUAGGAAACUUACAAUCGAAUCUACUAAAGCGGACAUCGCUGGAGCCCCCUCACAAGAUAUAGACAAACAGAUUGAUGAACUUGAAGAAUUAAUACAUCGUUUACAGAAUGAAAUUGUAGAAAUGUCGGAUAAUGCUGACAGGGAUGCGGAUAAAAAGUAUUUUUUAGAACCUAUCGCUAAUACUUCCAACCGUGGAAAGAGCGAGGAUGGUUCCUCAGGCAACUCCUCGCCAGUCAAUUACAACACCAAGAAACCUGGUAAGUCGAAUAGCAAAAAUUACUUCUUCCCCGUCUUCAUUAACGAUGCUGGCGUCGCAAGUGAAUCAAAACCGCUCCCACUUUCUAGUACAGAGGCUCUUAAUGAAACUUUUUUCCCACAAACUCCUAGCACAGAGGCUCUGCAAGAUACAUUUUUUAAUAUAAGAAAGAGAUUCUCUUUACUUUGGAAUGAAAGCGAAGACGUCCUUCAGGAUAAAGAAUUAAAAUUGUCUGAAGGACACAAAGAAGUAACGUUCUCUGAGUUAAGAGCUGUGAUCUCUGAUCAGAUAAACCGAAUAGAUAACGAUCCUCUCAAGAAUAUGGAAGAAAAAUAUAAAUAA